CGACCUCCGAACGAUACAUUUAUGUUUGAAAAACCAGCGGUAUUUUUUUUUUCUGGUUGGAGUUUAGGUAGCAAAAAACUUAUUUCUAUUUUAUUGUAUUUUUAAUUAAUUUGCAUCAACCGACUGACAUGUCGACAAGAAAACUAGCUAAGAAAUUAGGAUUACUGAGGCAACGCAGUCAGUCUGCUCCUGGUUUAAAGAAAUCAGGUAUAUCGAAUCAGAUAUUUUCAUACUUAAUUGUGAUCGACUUUGAGUCGACUUGCUGGAGAGAGAAAAAUAACCACGGACAAGAAAUCAUUGAAUUCCCUGCAGUCUUACUGAACACAUCCACAGGAGAGGUUGAGUCUGAGUUUCAUACUUAUGUUCAACCUCAGGAACACCCAGUUCUCUCCGAGUUCUGUACAGAGCUGACUGGAAUUACACAGGGGCAAGUGGAAUCCGGCGUCCCCCUUCAGAUUUGCCUCUCUCGGUUCAACCGCUGGUUGCAGAACCUGCGGAUGGAGAAGGGAGUGAUGUUCCCUAACAAUAAGCAGACGUCUUCAGCUUCUUCUCCCUCCCAAAAACUGUGCACCUUCCUCACGUGGUCAGAUUGGGAUCUGGGUGUUUGUUUGCAGUAUGAGUGUAAACGCAAACAGCUUCAUAAACCAGACGUGUUAAACAGCUGGAUAGACCUAAGGAGCACAUACAGGCUCUUUUACAGUCGAAAGCCCAAAGGCCUGAAUGGAGCACUGCAGGAUCUAGGGAUACAGUUCUCUGGGCGAGAACAUUCUGGUUUAGAUGAUGCACGGAAUACAGCUCGACUGGCAGCCAGAAUGAUGAGAGAUGGAUGUGUGCUGAAAAUCACCCGAAGCCUGGAGAGGACACCACUGUCGGUCAAAUCUCUAUUCAGCAGGAACUUCUCUGCUACAGAAAACAAGCAAGAAAAAGAGAAAAAGGAACGAGAAAAAGAGAAGAAUGUGAGCAACAAAGAAAACUUGUCCACUACCAGCAGAUGGCCAUCAUCCACCAACCUUCCUGCUAAAGCUCACCAAAAAUGUCCGUCUCCUGAGGAGCCUCCAAAUUCAAGCACGGGUCAAACGUGUCAAAUCUUAAUACCAACAAAGACACUUUUAAAAGUAACACCGGCACCACAACAGGGUCAAAGUGGCAAAGCUGUGACGGCACAGGCGGCUCACGGUUUGCUGUCCACAUCUGUGAUAAACUUGAACCCCCCACGCAGUAACGGCAGCAUUAGCAGCCAUGUUCUGUGCUCUACAACCAUUGGCUGUAUUUCAGACUUACCUCACAACACAACAACAGCUCAAGUGGAUGAGGAGGAUGGAGAACUUAUAGUGGAAACGGACGAGAGGUGCGGUUCUUAUGAUGAUGUGUUGUUGCCAUUUGAUGACUCUGAAAUGGAUACCAUCUCUGUGGAUGUUGGCUGUAUCUCAGAUUUUGACAGUAGAUGUCAGGAUUUGGAAGGGAUGGAUCGUUCGUCUGUGGGUCCCCUCAGUUUGCAACCUGAGAACCUGAAAAUGCCAAAUGAUUCAAGACAUUUGUCAAUGAUGUGUAAAUCUCUUAACACGUUAAAUUCCAAUGUUAAAAGGUUUAAAGGGACACAUGAAAAACUGCAUACGGCGACAACAAAAGAGCCUGAUAAAUGUUUUGCUGUGCCUACAGUUGUUGAUUGGAGCAAACUGAAUCAGUGCAGAAGUGGACCUUUAGAGAAAGAUAGGUGUGAUAAAGAUGGCCAGACAAAGGGGGUCUGUCCAGUUCCACCUAAACCCUUUCUGCCUGAAAAGACCUCCACUCCAAAUCCUUCCACUAUGAGGCCCAAACCAAACGACACAAAACACAGAGCAUCGCAGAAAUCCUCCUUUACAAUUUAUACUGAUCCAAAUAAGACAGCAGAGUCUCUUCAUCCAUCUACGUCCAGCUCUCUGCACCCAUCCAGGAACAUCCUGUCCUCUUUGCAUACCAAUGUCAUCUCCUCCUGUUCCAAACAGGUCCACAUAGCAUCAACAGCAAAGGGCCCAAAGCUCACAGCCCCUCUGUGCGCCUGCGGUCGCCGGGCAAGACGACAGGUCGUGUCAAACGGGGGUCCGAACCAUGGCCGGGGGUUUUACUGCUGUCCGGUCCGUCGCUCAGCUGGCAGAGGCAGCACAGGGAAAGGCUGUGGGUUUUUUAAGUGGGAGUCAGCUCUGAUCAAGAGCAGUAUGGUGGCUCCUCCUGCUGUGCAGUCCUCUAUAUCCCUGUGUGAGGUCAACUCAACGCUACAAUACAGGCCGCCACAGAGAAGAAGCUACUGAGCGUGUGGAGAAUCAGCGCUAGGUUAUCCUGUGAAGGACUGACACUUUCUAUUCAUUUAGGGCUGCAACUAAUGAUUAUUUUACAAAUCGAUUAUUAUAUUGAUUAUGUUUUUGAUUAAUUGAUUAAUAAUCCGAUAGCCAAAGGUUCCCUAAUGAAGAUUUCUUAUUAAAUUAA